AUGCUCUGGUUGCGAGCAAGACUGAAAUCGAAGACACGGCGUUUGACGAAAAGCGCAGCGAUUCCAGAAUACAUCAUUCUUUUACAAUUGGGCGACGUCGAUUACUUCGGACAAUCACACUUGUGCAGCAGGAACUCGACAGCGCGUCUCGUUAAGUGCCGUACCAGAAUGUCUACGCUACUACCCGCAGAAUUCCACAGAGAUUUUCUAAGGGGGCAUGUGGAAUUGUCUGACUCCGGCUUCGCAAUCAAAACGGCGUGGCGUAACGAAGCACGGAAUGGACGCGCCGACCUUGUGCUGGAGGCAAAGAUAUAUCAGAUCCUCGGGAAGCAUGAUCAUCCCGAAGAAUGUGCCAUAACCCUGGAAUUUGCACCGAAUGGCUCGCUGAAUGAUUAUCUGCGCGACCAUCCGGACAUCUCUUCGCAGCGACGGAUGCAGUGGGCCACCGAGUGUGCAGAAGGUCUAGCAGUCCUACACGCCGCCGAAAUCAUCCAUUUCGACUUUAAGCCUGGAAACUUGCUUCUCGAUGCAGCAUUGCAUAUCAAAGUCAUUGACUUUGGCAGCGCAUCUCUUCAAGGUUCCAGGCCCAAUGGGUACAGUCCGUCACGAUACUCGCCCUGGGGAAACGCACCGGAAGACACGUGGCCCCUUGGCGUUCAGGUGGAUAUAUUUGCGCUUGGUUCAACAAUCUUCAAAAUAUGGGCAGCUGAGGAUCCUUUCGAAGAGCAGUCAUCAGAAGAAUAUCCAGACGUUACCACGCUGUCCUGUGGAGACAUCAUUCGAAAAAGAGGUAAACCAGGCACAGCGAAUGAGUUGGUCACUAUCUACAUCAAUCGCGACCAUCAGGCCUCAUUCAUAGAUCUAAUAAGACCUGGAUUACAAGAAUGCUUGACAGCUCGCCUCACAUCCAGAACUGCUCGCAUCCACGCCUCAACGACCUCCCUCAUAUCCGUCAUCCCUGUCGACUGGACACUGGCCUGGUUUUGUCGUUUGGCCCGACCGGCUGGUUGGAAGUGGAGGCGGGCAUUUGGUUUGAUUCUGCCGCUCCCGAGCAGCUUGAUAUUUUGCGACCGAUCGGAAUGUCCUGUCGCAUCGGGUGGUGAACUCCAUGAUUACACACAUCUGGCCUUAUCAGCUGAGGACAAUUACCCUAAGAAUUUUCGCUACUUCCUGCUGCUUCCUGCUGCGAUGAUGUCGUUAAAAAGGGUGGGUCGGGAUGGACGUGCGGACGCGUUUGAUAUUGCGGGAGAUGGGCAGAAACCGGAACUCCAUGGCGGGAGCAAACAUGAUAAGUGUUCUCGUCUCUCCCCACUUUGCGACUGGAUGUCUUUUCCUGGAUCUCCAUCACCAUGGACAACAAAACGCUUCUAUCUCCCUCUGAGGAGACUUUGCUGGUUAAAGACAAUGCCAGACUGCAUCAUUAACUUUUCUCAACCAAUCCUGAAUUAG